AAAUAGACAAGCUAGGCUAGCUAGCAAACAAAGCAUAAGGAACAGAUCUAGAACAGCAAGAUGAUGAACACGAAGGCCCUCGCUCUCGGCGUCGCGAUCCUCGCCCUGGCCGCAGCGGCGGCGCAGGCGCAGAAGUGCGGCAAGCAAGGCAACGGCAUGGAGUGCCCCAACAACCUUUGCUGCAACCAGUACGGGAACUGCGGCCUCGGCAUCGAAUACUGCAGCAACGGGUGCCAAAGCGGCGCCUGCUACACCAGCAAGCGGUGCGGCGCCCAGGGCAACGGCGCCAGCUGCCCCAACAACCACUGCUGCAGCCGGUGGGGCAACUGCGGCUACGGCUCCGAGUACUGCGGCGCCGGCUGCCAGGGCGCGCCCUGCCGCGACGACAUCAAGUGCGGCCAGCUCGCUGCAGGCAAGCUGUGUCCCAACAACCUCUGCUGCAGCCAGCAUGGGUACUGUGGCCUCGGCUCCGAGUACUGCGGCGACGGCUGCCAGAGUGGCGCCUGCAGCGCCGAGAAGCUGUGCGGCAAGCAGAACGGCAACCAGGCUUGCGGCAGCGACUACUGCUGUAGCCAGUACGGGUCGUGUGGCCUCGGCAUGAACUACUGUGGUCAAGGCUGCCAGAGCGGGAGCUGCUACAAGACUGGCUUGGACGGCACCAUCGCCUUCAUCAUGACCAACUCCACCACCCAGUAAUUUCAUUCCAAGCAGACACGAGAAAAUAUUGCAGCCGGAGGAGAAGUUGCUGGUAUGUGGCAAUGUAGCUAGCUAGCUAUAGGCCGGUACCUCUACUACUGCAGGAUGUACUAUUGUUGCCACAACCUCACUAGUCUUCUUGUUUGUUUUUUUUAGCGAAACUAGUCAGUACUUUCUAUUGUCAGGGUGUACCUCUGCUUGUAAUGUAUGUAUUGCGACGAUAUAGUACCUUACAUAUACGAGGAGUUCAGAUGCAAUAAAAUGGUUUUGGGCUGUGCUUGUAAAAGCCCGACCACCUAUUCUAAA